AUGGAAUCUAAUCAAAAAUCUGGGGAUGGACUGACGGGCAUGCAGAAAGAGGCCUCGCUGCGUGCGCUCAUUCAGCGCACAGGAUACCAAUUACUGCAGGAGAAUGGUCAGAGGAGGUACGGCGGGCCCCCUCCAGGCUGGGAAGGCCCUCCCCCAGAGAGGGGCAGUGAGAUCUUUGUGGGGAAGCUGCCAAGAGACCUCUUUGAGGAUGAGUUGGUCCCCCACUGUGAGAAAUUUGGGAAAAUCUUUGAGGUUCGGAUGAUGAUGGACUUCAACGGCGAUAAUAGAGGAUAUGCCUUCGUUACCUUUUACAACAAAAAUGAAGCCAAGACGGCCAUGAAACAGCUCAAUAACUCUGAAAUCAGGAACGGAAGGCUCCUGGGAGUGUGUGCCAGUGUGGACAACUGUCGUCUGUUUGUGGGGGGCAUCCCCAAAUCCAAGAAGAGAGAGGAGAUCCUGAUGGAGAUGAAGAAAGUAACAGAUGGGGUGUUGGAGGUGAUUGUUUACCCCAGUGCUGCGGACAAGACCAAGAACAGGGGCUUCGCCUUUGUGGAGUACGACAGUCACCGCGCUGCAGCCAUGGCCAGGAGGAAACUACUGCCAGGGAGGAUCCUGCUGUGGGGGCACGCCAUCGCCGUGGACUGGGCGGAGCCUGAAGUGGAAGUGGACGAGGACACCAUGUCAACGGUGAGGAUUCUCUACGUGAGGAACUUAAUGCUGGCCACUACAGAAGAGACCAUCGAGAAGGAGUUCAACAGUAUCAAACCAGGUGCUGUAGAGAGAGUGAAGAAGAUCAGAGACUAUGCCUUUGUCCAUUUCACCCAGAGAGAGGACGCGAUAAGCGCAAUGGACGCACUGAAUGGAAAGCUAGUGGAUGGCUCUCCCGUGGAGGUGACCCUGGCUAAGCCGGUGGAUAAGGACAACUACGUGCGCUACACCCGGGGUACAGGUGGCCGCGGUGGGGCCGUGCUCCAGGGGGAGUACACCUACACACUGGGCCAGGUGUAUGACCCCUCAGCAGCCUACCUGGGUGCCCCCGUGUUCUACGCCCCCCAGAUAUAUGCUGCUAUUCCUAAUCAGUUCCGCUUCCCCAUUGCCAAGGGGCUUGUGGGGGGCCGUGGCCUGGUGCGCACGCCCUCAGUCAGAGAAAUUUACAUGAAUGUACCUGUAGGGGCAGCGGGCAUACGCGGGAUGGGUGGUCGCGGAUACCUCGCCUACGCAGGUUUAGGCCGAGGCUGUGCCACCUACCAGCUAAAGACAGACAAGCACCCCGAGGACAAGCUCUUUGACCUGCUGCCAGGCAUGGAACUCACGCCCAUGAACCCUGUGAAGCCUCCCGGUAUCAAACACACACCACAGAUCUUGGAGGAUGUGUGUCAGAAGAACAACUGGGGGCAGCCAGUUUAUCAGCUUCACUCUGCCAUCGGACCUGAUCAAAGCCAACUGUUCCUCUACAAAGUCACCAUUCCGGCUCUGUCCACCCAAUACCCUAAUGUGCAUCCGUUCACCCCAGCCAAGCUGUGUACAUCUGUGGAUGAGGCCAAGGUUCAUGCUGCGGAGCACGCCCUGCAUACCCUGGGUCUGCAGACAGAAGGAGCUGAGGCCUCCGCUGCAGCCGUUGCUGCAUUCCCAGGUUACACAAUAGCGAACACCUCAGCCUCAGUAGCUGCCGCCCAGCUCAAACAGGCCGUCUCCCUGCACCAGGACAUGGCAGCAUACACUACCUACGAAGGCUAUCCCGCCUUCACCGUGGCAACCCGUGGAGACGGUUAUGGAGUGUUCUAGGGCCAUCCUGGAACGUCAUCCCAUUUACCAGCAUUCAUUCGUAGUUCAGACUAUAUAAAACUACACUGAACAAAAAUAUAUAUUCAACAUGUAAAAGAUCCCAGAAAUGUUUCAUACGCACAACAUGUGCUCACAUCCCUGUUAGUGAGCAUUUCUCCUUUGCCAAAAUAAUCCAUCCACCUGACAGGUGUGGCCUAUCAAGAAGCUGAUUAAACAGCAUGAUCAUUACACAGAUGCAUCUUGUGCUGGGUGCAAUAAAUGGUCACUCUAAAAUGUGCCGUUUUGUCAUGCGAAACAAUGCCACAGAUGUCUCAAGUUUUGAGGGAGCGUGCAAUUGGCAUGCUGACUGCAGGAAUGUCCACCAAAGCUGUUGCCAGAGAACUGAAUGUUCACUUCUCUAUUAUAAGCCACCUCCAACGUCAUUUUAGAGUAUGACCGGCCACACAACCGAAGACCAUGUGUAACGACGCCAGCCCAGGACCUCCACAUCUGGCUUCUUAACCUACGGGAUCUUCUGAAACCAGCCAACCAGACAGCUAAUGAAACUGUGGGUUUGCACAACCAAAGAAUUUCUGCACAAAUUCUCAGAAACCGUCUUAGGGAUGCUCAUCUGGGUGCUCGUCGUCCUCACCAGGGACUUGACCUGACUGCAGUUUGGCGUUGUAACCGACUUCAGUGGGCAAAUGCUCACCUUCGAUGGCCACUGGCACUCUGGAGAAGUGUGCUCUUCAGGGAUGAAUCCCGGUUUCAACUUUACCGGGCAGACAGAGGACAGCGUGUAUGGAGUGGUGUGAGCGAGCGGUUUGCUGAUGUCAACGUUGUGAACAGAGUGCCCCAUGGUGGAGGUGGGGUUAUGGUAUGGGCAGGGAUAAGCUACAGACAACGAACAUAAUUGCAUUUUAUCGAUAUCGAUUUGAAUGCACAGAGAUUAACGUGACGAGAUCCUGAGACCUAUUGACGUGCCAUUCAUCCACCGCCUCAUGUUUCAGCAUGAUAAUGCACAGCCCCAUGUCACAAGGAUCUGUACACAAUUCCUGAGGCUGAAAAUGUCCCAGUUCUUCCAUAGCCUGCAUACUCACCUGACAUGUCACCUAUUGAGCAUGUUUGGGAUGCUCUGGAUCGACAUGUACGACAGCGUGUUCGAGUUCCCGCCAAUAUCCAGCAACUUCGCACAGCCAUUGGAGAGGAGUGGGACAACAUUCCACCGGCCACAAUCAACAGCCUGAUCAACUCUAUGUGAAGGAGAUGUGUCGUACUGCAUGAGGCAAAUGGCAGUCACACCAGAGACUGACUGGUUUUCUGAUCCACGUCCCUACUUUUUUUUAAGUACCUGUGACAAACCGAUGCAUAUCUGUAUUCCCAGUCAUGUGAAAUCCAUAGAUUAGGGCAUAAUUAACCCACUGAUUUCCUUAUUUGAACUGUAACUCAGUAAAAUUAUCUUUUGUUGCGUUUAUAUUUUUGUUCAGUGUAUGUAGUAUCCAUUAUGUGUUUUCAUUUGAUUGUGUGGAUCUAUUUAGUUGUAGAGGAGGGCCCUAAUUGGAUGUUGUAGAGUCAACAAAUUGUCAGAGAUCGUUUUGAUUGGUUCUUAUGUACUUCAUCAUUAUUUUGACAGCCAUUACUUUUUUUAUACUCAUUGUCUAUUUUAUGACACAGCUGCUGGUUCAUAGUGACGGACUAGUGGUCUCCUUUGACCCAACAAUGUAGAAGUUGAAGUUUCCCCAUUUAAGUUUAUUAAAUUAGCCCUAAAAGUCUCAUUUAGAUUCCUUCAUAAAUCAUCUAUAGAAACAUAGUUUAUAAAUGUCAGGGAUUUCUAGUUUCAAGGAUGGCUUUUACUUUCUACCUAAAUGUGCUGCAAGUACCUUUUGAUGUUGUUGCACGGUUGUACAUUGUUAGACUAAAAACACUGGCGUGGUUCAGUCACUUUUGAUAGUGAGGGGUUUCUUUUGCUAUUUGUGUCUCAGUAUUUACAAAUGCAAACACAGAAUUUGUUUCCCUCUCUUUUCCGAUGUUAUAGUGUGCGGAAAAGGAAAUCCAUCCAAAGCUGCUGUGAAACUGAACUGCCUAUUUUAAGAUGCCUAUUUUAAGAUGUUAAGGGUUUGUCGUCUACGGAAAAGUGUUGGAGUCACGGUAUAUUUAUUGUUGGAAAUGUAUUGUUUACAUUGGAGUAAUAUGUCUGGAGUGUUAGCUAUGGACAAUCAUCUUGACAAAGAUCUGUUUCAUUCUAUUUAGCUUAUUUCUCUUAUUGCCUUACACCCAACCUAGGCCUGCGAACAUGGACAUAGGAAGUGUUAACACCCUUCUCAGCGUACAAAACGACACUCUGAUAAGCAUAAAUGCCUAAGCAGUGACAGUAUUAAAGUGUGUAUAGCACUUCCAACUUGUUUUUUUUAUACCAGAAAUCCGACAAUAUUUGUAUGGUUAUAUUGUUUUUGGAUAUUUCAAAUUCUUUGUGCCUCAAUAAUUGAUCUAAGAAAAAAAUCACAAAGGAGAGAAAUAAAUACACAUCUGAAAUGUAAGGAGAAAUGGGAACCCUUUUGUGAAACAACGUGUUGUACAGCUUGGUAAUUCUAACGUUUCAUAAUCUGUAAUUGCCUGUGAUAAAUGAACCAAUUGCAUUUUGA